GCAUACCUUCUGCAGCGGCCAGAGCCACGAUCUCCGGAAGAGUGUCGUGAACAGUGCUCUCGCAAUGAGAGCUGUGCAGCUUGGGAGGUGUGCGCACCUUUGGGCGAUGGCUGCGAUGGCUGUUACCUCAUUUCGCGCGCACCGCGUCGCUGGGAUCAGCGGGAGGGUUGGCAUGCGGAAAUCCUUCCAG